AUGACGCAGCUUGAGGAUAUAUCAGAGCGGCUGCUAACCAGAUCCCAAGAAGCCAUCUUGCAAUUAGAAAUAUGGAUUCGAAGACAGCAACAUCUGCGCGAACUGGAAGAUGACUCGAUUGACAGGCUAGGAGAUCAAUAUAACAUAUACAUUGCGCAACUUAAUUCGCUAUGCAUAAGAUCCGAAUACGUUCGUGAUAAGUUGAAUAAGGAGCGGGAGCGCCGUCUAUCUUUGAUUAACGACCGCAAGUAUAUUGAGAACUUAGUUCUUGAGUUCCAAGAUAUUACAAUCAAGCUCAAUGAGCUUGCGCAUUGCCGAAGUUCUCAUUCGACACCUUGUUCCAAAUCUACCAGAAGCAGCUUAGAUUCCUUCCAGCCUAGACCCUUGAAACUGACUGAACGUCAUGGAUCCAAGAUCAGAGAAACUCGCGAAUCUCCGCUAAAAAGAAAGCCCUUCAUGCAGAAUGUUGAAUUUGCAGAUAUCCCAGAGUCUUCAAAUUCGAAAUGUCUAUCAUUGCCUGGAUCGCCGGUAAAGGGAACAACGACUGAGAAGUCGAUCCGAAUGGCCAAAUCGUAUGAUACUGGUCUGAGGCCUAAGAAAAAAAAGGCGUCAAAUGGAGAUGGCGAUAACGAAAUCAGGUCAUUUUUCAAAGAAAAUCAGCGCUUGUCGAUAAGCUUUUUUGGAGAAUAUGACGACGACGUCGAUUCAACAUCUGAUCAAGAUACUGUUAUCUCAGUGAGCCCCGCUUGUCCGCCAAAAGGAGUACCUUUGCGAAGAUAUAACUCACAUGAAAGCAUAUUUUCAACCAAAAUUGAGCCUAUCAACUUCGAAAAAGGUCAUUCUUCAUUCCUUCUCCCAGCCUCGACCAGGCCGUCGAUGACAAGCGCGCGCGUGAGCAGUGCAGCCGUAUUUUCCAGGACAACGGGACCAGGUAGUUCGAAGGAUCUGCUUUCGACCUUUAUUGCUGGGCACAGUGAAGCGCGAGUGAUAAGUGGAAAAAGGCAGGAGACAAAAUCGAGCUCCUUUUUUUCUCGAUGGAACCUUUUUGGCAGUAGCUCAAUACCGAACCAAGCAAAAGUCAAUGAUAAUGCAAGUGCUGAGGUGCAGCGUAACUUUUCAAGUUCUUCAUCGCUGGCAGCAAUUUCUUCCAUCAAUAUCUCACCGCCACGCUCGAAAAUACCCGUAUUUGAUAGCCUGAUAUCGUAUGAUGACCUUCGUGAUGCUUUAGACACAGAGCUCAUUUUAGCGGCUGAGCUCUGA